AUGGCCGACACGAGCAUAGAAGCCGUGGAGGCCGAAGGCGGCGGUGGCUGGGUGAGGACGGUGAAGGAUCUUUCUGCUGGUGCGGCCGGCGGUGUGGCACAGGUCUUGUUGGGACAACCUUUCGACAUAGUCAAAGUCCGCCUCCAAACAACAACAACCUACCCCUCCGCCCUCUCCUGCGCCCGCAGCAUCCUCGCCAACGAAGGCCCCCUCGCCUUCUACAAAGGCACCCUGACUCCACUAAUUGGCAUCGGCGCCUGCGUCUCCGUCCAAUUCGGCGCCUUCCACUACGCCCGUCGCGCCUUUGAGUCCUCCAACGCCUCCUCCAACCCUUUACUUCACGCUCAACAUGCUGCUGGCAACUCGAGUCUAAGCUACACGCAGUAUUACCUCUCCGGUGCAUUCGCGGGGCUGACCAACUCUGUGCUGUCGGGCCCGAUUGAGCAUGUGAGGAUUCGGCUGCAGACGCAACCACACGGUGCUGGGAGGCUGUACAGUGGUCCUCUGGACUGUAUCCGCAAACUUGCUUCACCAGCCUCCGGCGGUGUGCUACGAGGUCUCUACCGCGGUCAAGCCGUUACGUAUCUCCGCGAAGCACAAGCCUACGGCGUGUGGUUCCUGACCUUCGAGUACCUUAUGGCGCAAGAAAUGAAGCGCAACAGUGUCGCACGGAAAGACAUCUCGAGUGCCAAGGUGGCAUUCUAUGGUGGACUGGCGGGCGAGGCCUUGUGGAUCGCGAGCUAUCCAUUUGAUGUGGUCAAGAGCAAGAUGCAGAGCGACGGGUUUGGGGAGGGGCAGAAGUUUAGGAGUAUGAGGGAUUGUUUUGCAAAGGUCUGGGCAAGGGAGGGUAUGGGCGGGUUCUGGAAGGGGAUUGGGCCGACAUUGUUGAGGCUAUGCCUGGUUGAGCUGACGAUGAGGCUCUUGGCUGAGUCGACAGUGUGA